AUGACUCGCGCCACGAAAGCUCAGACCAUCCACACUAAAAACCAAGCUUGCAUUAGCUCUGCAAGAGCAUUUCCACUACUACUACGACCUUACCCUCCGUCCCUCGAAGUCUCUAGCUCUACAGGAAUCGAAUCCACCGUAUACAUGUACAUGUAUGUAUCCCACAAUCAUUCCUACUCCUCCGAAGAUGAACUAACUAGAAGGGAGGUAAAAAAAGAAAAAAUCUCGGCAAAGAUCCGCCGCCACCUUUCGGAAAGGCCCGUAGGUAGUAAGGCCGAGACAACUACAAGACAGGAGGAUAUUUUAGUUACUCUCUCUCUCUAUCUAUCUAGUGACUGGGCCAGAUCGUAA